AUUUACUGAGUGAAGUAUAAACAAGCUCCAGUAUACACAGUGACUGGCAGCUAAUGUCUGUGUCACUGUCAGUAACAUAAGGAGGGCUGAUUUCUUUCCUCAUGCUGCCCUACCCUGAUGUGGACAUCACAUUUACCCACCUCUUGCAGUUGUCUCUGAAGACAUACAUUAAAAAAAAUGGAAAUCUGUUUAUGAAAAUCAGCUGAGAAAUGAGCAUUUACUGUGUAUUACUUGUGCCGUUUUCUUUAAAAUACCUCCAGAUCUUAGUAAUUUCUGAAGUACAUAUUAAACCAACAUGUACAUGAUUUGCCAGUUUUUCUUGAAGUUUUUGGUUAAUCAUCUUCACACAGGAGACAUCAAAACCCAAAGUAUACUCUCUUUUCUGAAUAAUUAAGCCAGACUUCCCAGAACAUUUCACUAGCAAGUAGGGCCAUGACAGUCUGCUAACAACGAAGUGAAAGGGAAAUACAUAGCAUCCAACAUCUGUGGGGGAAAAAAAAAAGACGGGGAAAAAAAACCCAGGGAGAAAAAAUGGGAGAAAGAAAAAGCGCUGACCCCAAAGAUGUGAUGAGAAAAGGAAAAUCCAAGACGCAACUCAAAAGAAAUAUAGGUUAUUUUGAUGGGGUAAGUUUUAUUAUAGGAACAAUCAUUGGGGCAGGGAUCUUUGUUUCUCCCACUGGGGUGUUAAAGCAUUCCUUACUCAACGUUGGCGUUGCACUGACGAUCUGGACUGCGUCUGGGCUGGUUUCUCUGAUGGGUUCCCUCUGCUAUGCGGAGCUGGGAACUGCUCUGCCAUUCUCUGGAGGAGAAUACAGCCACAUUAAAAGAGGCCUUGGAUCCCUACCUGCUUUUGUGUUUAUCUGGACGUCAACAGUUACCAAGCCAGCGUCGAAUGCUGCUCGAGCUUUACUUUUUGCUGAAUAUGCCACCCAGCCUUUCUAUGGUGUUUGUCCUGCACCAGAAGUGGUGAAGAAAUGCUUGGCCUUGGCCGUUCUCUGGUGCCUGGGGAUUUUGAAUGGCCGCAGCGUUAAAAUGGCUGCAUGGGUGCAGACAGUUUUCACUCUGCUGAAGAUUAUGGCCUUGUCUGUAAUUGCCAUUGGUGGCAUUGUUCUCCUUGUUGGCGGGAGAAGGGAGAGUCUGGCCAGGUUUGAGGACGCAUUCAGCUCAGAGGUCCCCAGUGCAUCACAGGUUGCCGAAGCCUUCUUCCAAGGACUGUACGCUUACGGUGGCUGGUGGUCCCUCAAUUAUAUGGCAGAGGAGAUGAAAAACCCUAGCAGGAAUAUCCCUUUAACUGUGAUGACUGCUGUUCCUGCAGUAAUGGUUUUUUAUUUACUGGUGAACAUCUCGUAUCUGACUGUCCUCACACCUAAGGAAAUUGUCUCAUCAGUUGCUGUGGCAGUCACUUGGGCUGAUCGAGUGAUCCCCUCUGUUGCCUGGAUCAUUCCUCUCUCUGUUGCUGUCUCAAUAUUUGGUGCCCUCAACAGCAGCAUGUUUACACUUGGUCGAUUAAGCUAUGCUGGAAGUCAGUCAGGACAUUUACCUGUUUUAAUGUCCAUGCUUAAUGUCCAUUCCUGUACUCCAGCACCAGCCAUGAUUUUUUCAACCACCAUUGCAUCCAUUUUUAUCAUCCCUUCUGACCUUAUUAUGUUAACAAAUUACUUUGGAUUUUCUGCCUGGCUUAUGACUGGAUUGACUUGUGCAAGCCUGAUUGUACUUCGAUACCGGGAACCUCAUCUGCAUCGCCCGUACAAAGUGUUUCUACCAGUUCCAUUUGUGAUGGUGGCAAUGUCUUUCUUCUUAGUUUUAGCUCCCAUAGUCUGGUCUCCAGAUCUGCAGUAUGUUUAUGCUUUCCUGUUUAUGCUGGGAAGUCUUAUUGUUUAUCUGCCUUUCAUACAUUUUAAAUUGCAUUUUUCAUUUCUUGAUAAAAUUACUUGCCACUUACAGCUCCUGUUGGAAGUCUGCCCUGCUGAUGGAUCUGCUGAGGGCAAGUGUGAAUAAUGGCAGGUGUUUAAUCCUGGUGCAACUGAGAGCCCACAGAGGAUUUUGUUUAACUGAAACUGUAGAAGGUAGAAUUUAAAUGAUAGGUGUGAUAUACAGAUGGACAUGAGUGUGCAUGCCUGCGUGUGUAUGUAUAUAGAUAAAGAUACAUAUAUGGCAUACAUGUAUACAUGCACUUAUAUG